UCGGUUCAGACAUGGCGCUGAGGGUACUGAGCGGUUAUGCUCGCAUUAUACUGACCGAUACAUCAAAAGCAACGGUGCUCCGAGGAGCCCUGCAGUCAGACUGUUUGAAAUGUCGAGACGGAGCCAAACGCUAUCUCUUAUCAGAAGAUGUCGUAAAGCUGCAGGAUUUUCAGCACAGGAAACUUGCUGUGGCCCAUCAAAUGGCAGGAUCAAAAGGUUAUUAUUUUGAUAUGGUAAAUCAGAAGAUGGAGAAAAAUGAGCUAAUCUUGAAAGAUGAAUUGAAACUCCUAUUGCACUUAUGCCAGUCUGCUGAAGAUGUUAUCAUAGCAAGAAAUGCUAUUUACAGGUACCAUGAAGAGAAUCGCAAUAUGGCAUUUGGGGAUUUCAGGUUUGGUCCUCUUUUUAUGAGGUUAUGCUAUGAACUGGGUUUAGAGGAGCUGGCAGCCACAACUCUGAUGGAUUCGACACUGAAAGGGUUUUUUUCAGACUCCACGUCCUUCAAUAUUGCCAUUGACAUGCUUUUCAAUAAAGGAUGCUAUGAAAGUGGCCUAGAUGUGGUGGGAAAAAUGAAAAGCCAUGGUGUGCCAUUUAAUAAAGACACCUUCACAUUAGCUAUUGCUACUUGCUAUAAACUGAACACUUCAAAGUCAUAUCAUGUCUGUUUGGCCGUGUUGGAAGAAGGUCAAACAAAAGGCAGUCUCAUCCCACGACAUGCCUAUUGCUUUGCCACGGCCCUUGCUCUCAAACAGAAUGACAAGGAGAGAGCCAAGACAAUCUUCUCUCAGAUCAUGUGUACAGACAGCCGACUAUGCCAGAACCUGAAGGUUCUUAUACUGGCUGUGUCAGGGUCCAUGAAAGAUGUAAUCUAUGUCCUUACAACAGCCCUAGUGUCAAAGACUCCAGUGUUUGUGAAGAAACCAGAAUUCUCUCAGGAAGUGGUUAAUGUGUUGAGGAAGAAGAGUGCUAAUGGGCUAUGGGAGGGGAGUGUGGAGCAGGUGGUUAGACGGUUGGAAGAAGCUGGCCAGAUCACCGAGCAGACCCUGGAUCAUUUCCUGUGUCACACUCCCUCAGGAAAGAAGAGGCCUCUGGGAAUAAUGGAGCAAGAAAGAAAAACCAGCCGAAGGACUCUUAGACCUCUGCAGUCCACACUACUGUCAGAGUGAGCAUGGAGCAGAAGAGUCUCAGUAAAUAUACUCAUCCGCACCUUCUGGAGCUCCCCUUCAAGUCAAAUCCAAGCUCAUGCUUUGGCAUCAACUACCUCCUUUCUUAUUAAAACAACCUCUGAUAUCUUCGGCUAAAGAACUGGACUUGAAAAACACUUUAAAAUGUCACGUUCCUAUAAUGAAAUGAUAGAUUAUGCUUUUGAAGAGUUUUUGCUGAAUAGAUCAGUAAAAACAGUCACACAAUAGCUAUCAUUUACUCACAUUUGUGUUCAAUGUUUAGCAGCAAUAAAAAGCAUUAGGUUCACUCUUUAAAUGCUGUAAGUCAUUAAAGAAAAUCAAAAGAUCA